UAGAUGUCCUUGUGUGCAGGGACAGAUGCUGUUGGAGCUGCAGUGUUGGUGGAGCCUCGGCUUUCUGCACUGCGCUGCUGCUCUGUAGCUUUUAGAGCUUCAGUCUGUCAUCAUGGAGGAGCAGUAGACGACCGGAGCCGAGUGAAGAGGACGAACCGCCGCCGACAUCACGCCUUGUCGCUCCAGCAUCACCUCACGUCGAUCAGAACCCGCAGGGACCCGGAGCUCUGCUGCAGCUUCGCCCGUUCAGCACCGCGGACAGCUCCGGAGCUUCGGGCCCGACCGGAGCGCGUCGCUCGGCCGCAGCAGAAUCACUGACAUCCCGUCUGUCUGCAGGUGAUCCGUCCGCCGAAGCAGCUCCGGAGACACCUGAGGAGGAGCCGCCGCCAACAUGAAGCAUUUUCUGAGAGUGGUGACCCAGUUCUUCGUGUUCCUCUACUGUAAAUGUCUGUGGAGAGGCCUCAAGUUCGUCGUCAGGAAGUUCACAGGGCGCUGCGAGCUGCAGCGAAUCUGCUACAACAACAAGCACGGAGCCCGCAGGACGCUCAAGAUAGAGUCGUCUAUGAGGUACUCCAAAAAUGAGCUGCUGCAGUCUGCCCUCAGUGUCCAUCCUGACAAAGUGGAGAAGACCAUCGACGACAUCAUGGCCCUGAAGAAGAUCAACCCUGACACCAACCCUCAGUUGGGCAUCUCCCUUCAGGCCAGUCUGCUGCAGAUUGUGGGCUACAGGAGUCUGGUGUCCGAGGUGGAGAAGCUGCGCCGGGAACCGUAUGACUGCGACAACACUGAACACGAGGAGAUGCUGAUGAAGUUAUGGAAGGAGCUGCGUCCUGACACUCCUCUCACCGGUCGCAUCUCUAAACAGUGGUGUGAGAUCGGUUUCCAAGGCAGCGAUCCCAAGACUGACUUCAGAGGAAUGGGUCUGCUGGGCCUCCACAACCUGCUGUAUUUUGCAGAACAUGACAAAGCCACUGCUCUGCAGAUGCUCCACGACUCCCUGCAACCAAAGCACAAACGGUACACGACUAACGUUAGUGUCCUCCACAGUGAAGUAAACAAGCCUGAAUGGGAACAGAAGAACAUGGACAAAGCCAUUGGCUAUUCUUUUGCCAUUGUGGGCAUCAACAUCACAGACCUGGCCUACUCUCUGCUGGUCAGCGGCGCUCUGAAGACUCAUCUGUACAACGUGGCUCCAGAGAUGCCGAGUCUGCUGCACUUCCAGCAGACCUUCUGUUACCUGAUGCAGGAGUUUCACCGCUUCUGGAUCGAGGAGGAUCCCAGCGACAUCAUGGAGUUCAACCGGGUCCGUUCCAAGUUCCACCGGAGGAUCCUGAGGCAGCUGAAGAACCCGGACAUGGCUCUGUGCCCCCACUUCUCCGCCUCCGACCUCCACCUGGUCAACCUCUAAACACUCCCCCGUCCUCGUCUCCCUUACCCCUCCUAAUCCUCCUCCCCUCACUGAGCCCCCCACCCCCGGAUGUCCGGUAGGGCAGCAAAAAAAAUCUAAAACCUCCCCCCUUACACUCACUGAUGGUUCCUCAAUCUGCUGGACACGCAUCUGGGGGGGCUCAGCUCGACUCGUCCCAGCUAACGUCAUGUCGCGUCACUGCCAACAGCUCACUCAGCCGCUGCACACUCAAACAAACACACAGAACAUAAAACCAAACCAGUCUUCUCCACAUAAUUCAAUCAUUCUCACUGUGGGGACUUUAAUUUGGAGGAAGUUGAGUCCCCACGCUGUGAUUUCCGCUCACUGCCUCUCUGCCCUCACUGCAGCGUCAGACCACCAGCAUCAGAGACGACCAUAGCGAUUGUAGCUGUGCAUGAGGAGGCUGCACCAUCGUUACCUGUUGCUUUAACGAUUCAUGACGAUUGUAUCACAGCCUUUACACCUCAGUUAGGAAGACCUUCUGUUAAUGCCAAAACCAAAUUUACUUUCUCAGCCAAAAAUAUCUCUCAGAUUGCAGCAUCCAUCCAGAUGUUUUGGCAGUUUUAUAUUGAAAUGAAGAGAUAAACACAUAUUUAAUGUACCUGCUGCCGCUGAUUCAAUCAAACUAUAUAUAGGAACACGUAACCUCUUAACUUUGUCUGUAUUAGCUAACUGCCACAGAUUGUAACGUAUUUUUUAUGUCAACAUUUACACCUAAGACUUCUCCUUGCCAAAAUACAGAAUGUGGAGAACUUUAACAAUCAUAGCAGCUAGCAAGUUUUGUAAACCUGCUAAAGAUGUUCACAAGUAUCUAAAAAUGAAUGUGUGUUCCAGCUCGGAUGUUAAAAAUCUAUAAAUUCUUCUCCUGCAAUGAAUAUUCAGGCUGAUUCUAUUCCUCAUACGUCCAGAAUAAUAAUUUAAAAUCACGCCUUGUACGUUUUUCUUUACAGGUUUGCAAAAGCCCUUUGAUUUGUCCCUGUGCAGAGAUUGUGUUCUGAAUGUUCCUCACAAUUGUUUGAUUCCAUUUUAAUCCAUUGAAUGUGACACUGUGUCCACUGUUGUAUCAGCCAAAGCAAUAAUUUCCAUUCAUUUCACUGCACGCCUCUUUAAAUGUGUUUAUUUGCACCAUGUGUGCCUGAGUAUUUGUUUUGCUUUUGAACUCAGAGCUGGAAUGCAAAUCAAUUCACAGCGACAACACAUAGAUUAUUUAUUAUUUGAUUAUUAGAGGUAAAAUGUCACGUUAAUUUUGUGACAUUAGUGGAAUCACUGCAACUUUACUGGCAGGCAACAUUAAAUGUAGAGUUAUUCCACAGAGGAUGAAUUAGGUGAUGGUGAGAGUUUAAAUAGUUAAAGCUGGAGGCGUUGACCAGCCAGUCGAUGCACCAACUGCAGAACUCUCACCGUCACACUAAACCAAACUUCCUAUAAAGUCUGUUUUCCUGGAUGCCAACGUCAGCUUCCUACUGUGGAUUGCUGGAUAUUUUCCCAUUUAAAUUGUCAAUCUCAAAGAUUUUCAUUUCAAUAAAUAUCCGUCAAGUCAGAAUUUAUCACCAAGUUGAGGCAACACAAUUCUCUAAUUUCAUUAACAAGUUUAUAAGGUAGAAUUACUUCAAUUAAACCUCCUUUGGGUGAAUCCUGGGCUUCAUCACCAGCGGUCAGGACGUUUUUAUAUAAUGAUAAGACUGUUAUUGCGCACAAAAUGACAUUGCAAUGUUUAAAUAGUUUUAUUGGAGUUUUUAGCAGCAAAAAAACCCAAAACAAUCUGACUGACUGAUUACACCUUUGCAAACACAAUACUGUUAGGCUUGAUAAUGCAACAUUAAAUUGUUAAAUAUCAUAAAUAUACUGAAUAUACAGCAGAGCAGCCAGCAAGUCUAAUUUGCUGCUUCGAAAUCUUGUUCACUUAAGGCACUUAUUUUUUAAGGUGAGGUGAGGUUUGAAAACACACCUGCAAUUACUGCUUAUUGCCACAGGUGUCACGAAAGAGCAGGAAAUGUAAAUCCCUGAGGUUGACAAUUUAAAUAAUUGUUUUAAUAUUUCAUUUAUCAGGAAAACGCGAUUUUACAAUGUUUUUCAAGAGCGACCAGAGCGAGAAAGCAGCACCACACUAAUGACACACUGCUGAUAGAGAUAUCACAGAUUCAACAGAAAUGCAGUUGUAAAAUUCUGAGCACAUUUGCUAAUAACAAUAAAAAAUCAUAUUCUAGAUGUAAAGCAGUGGUUCCCAGCUUUUCUGGCACAAAAUAGAAGCGAUCAAACCUCUAAAAGUAAAGUUCUCCUCUAAUUUACAAAAAAAUAGAGACACAAAUGUGAAAAAAUGAACAACGUAGUGCAGCAAAUCAGUUUUUUCUGCUUUCUGUCUUUGUUAGAUUUGUCUUGCAUUGGACAAAACCAGAGAAGUGUUGUAUCAUCACCUGUCACCUAAAGGUCCUUUAAAGACUUUGUUUGUCGUCUGUGGAGCAGCAGACUGAUUGUAAUCGCAGCUCUGAGUCACUUUUCUUGUUCAUUGAAUGAUAAAACACUUCUUCACACUCCUCUCUUGAACAUGCGACUGCACUGUAUUUAGCAUUCAUUCACACUGAUGCUGUCAUCAUCACAACACUGAAGAUAUAUAUAAAUGAUAUUACUGUUAUUUUACUGCCAUGCCUGCACUGUUGAUUGUGUUUGAAUAGUAUUAAAAAACUCUGUUCCUUUGAAGUGAAUGUUGAAGCUUUUUGUCAGUAUUACGCAACUGUUUACUUCAAGUGAAUGUCAGUGCUGGUUUCAUUUCUUGCUUGCAUUUUGCUUUGCUUUACUAUUGCACUAUUGUAAAAACAAAGCUGCAGUUUCCUUUAUGAUAAUAAACCAGUAAUUUGUGGUGUUCGGGCCGAUAUGCCCCACGAUACUGUAGACGAACUUAGGUACCUGCUGCUGUAUAUUCUGCUUUAAAGCUGCCUAUAAGACUCCAUCUGCAUGAUAUUUUCAUUGUCGCUGCUCUGGCAUUCUGUAUUCUUCAGUAAAGUACUUCUAGAUGUUGUAACGGUGUGCUUCAUUUGUCGGUGCUGUACUUUUUGAGGUCACAAUAAAGACUAAAUGUCAGGUAAAAUGA